AUCAUGGCAGUGGUAAAGAUGUUAGCAACAUCGAUAAAGAGGCAAGACAGCAAAUAAAGUUUUCCUCAGACAUAGCAGUGGAUCAACCUGGUAAAUUAGUGCGAGCCCCUACACCUUAUCCUAAGGAAUUGAAAGCCCAUGCUAAACAUGCUCGGAACUAUGCUUUGAAACUCCAAGAAAAUGGCAGAGAAGGAUCAGAAGAACCAGUAGUUGAAAACAAAGAAACAGAAGAAAUUAUGAUAAAUGGUGAUCUUCCUGAGAGCUUUGUAGUUAGGACAGGAGUGUCUGAAGCAAGGGUCAAAGUCAAGGAAGCAAAAGUAACAAAACCCAAGUGCCAUAGUCUCUCCCCUCAUCUAAAUGAAAGACAUCUGCUAUACAAACAUGAUAAGAGUGAUACAGACACAUCUGUAGAACUCCCUCUGGUGGUUAAAACAUCACCUAUAAGAGAAUCCAAAGGAAAUGCUUCGUCCAGUGAACGGUCAUUAGACUCACUAUGUGUCAGUGUUAAAUCCUCUCCAUCCCAAGGAGUAGCCCAACCACCUGAUAACCAUGAUUCACCCAAUCUACGGGUUUCUACUGGUUUCGUGAAGAAUAGGGGUGCAACGUCUACAAGGUUCAAGUCAAGGUUGAAGAGAGAAGAAAAUGUGGAUUGUGAACAGGGUUAUCGCAGUGAUCACGAAGUGUACCUCUUGCAUAGGGAACAGUUGGAGCCUCAGGAUGGAUAUUUUAGUGACUGGGAGACUGAAGCAGGAAGAGAAAUCUCUCUUAGUAACUUGCAUACACCUCUUUGUACUCGUGUAACUUCACGUGAAGAUCCGGUUCCAACGAGAAUUCCUACAAAUGGUCAAGUACCAGCUGUUCACAACAGUGCUUCAGUCCAUAAUCAAUUGCAGGGCUCUGCACAUAGGUGGGAUAAAAGUACCGAGGGUUUUGACUACAUUGAUAAUGGUUCCGAAAAUGAAGAACAACAGCAGUACCAGAUUAAUGAAAGAGACCAGCAUUUGAGACCUUCUCUUCCUAAUCUUCAACAUUCUAGUCCUGAUGAGCCUAAAGAUGUAGUAUUUAUCCCUGAGACACAGAACCAGUCUGGUUCCAGUUUAUCUUAUGGAUCCACCAGAGGUUCCGUGCAACCCCAUUAUGCAUCCUUGCAGUACAAUCCAAGACAGUCUCCAUCUCCCUGUACCAACCCAAAGAGGUCCAUUGGAGUUUCUCCACCGACUGUAAGAUUUCCUCACUCGCAUAAAGUCAAUGAUCAGGACUUCUCACAAGUUGUACUUCCAUCUCAAACUUCUCUUCCCAGGCCCCAAGCUCAACCAAUUCCCUCCACAAAACUCACAUCAAAUCAACGACUUGGAUUUCCUGUAGUUAGGAAUCAUCCCCCUCUUGCUUACUCAGGCUAUCCUAUUGAAGUAGCUUCAAGGUUUCCAAACAUUGCACCUAGUUUGCAGGAUUCACAGAUGUAUAUUCCUCAGUCAAGUGUCCUACCUUUAGAUGUGCGCUCUCCUCUACUUACUGUGUUCCAUCAUCCUCUAAGACCACCAUCCUCUCAUUGGAACUUACCUCAUUACUCUUCUAAUGGCUGUGAUUAUCAGGAACAACAGUCACCUUCAUCUGUGGCUGUGCAUUCUCAUAGUUCAAGUUCCUCUGGAUUUCAUCUUCGUUCACCAACUCCAUCUUGUACCACGUCGUUGUCCAUGCAGGAAGCAUUGUCCCAUUUCAGUACAUCAGACAUAGGGUCUCACACUAACAUUGUAUCAAGCACUGAUCAUCCAGAGCAAAUCAGAAGAUAUCACAUCCCUCUCUCCAACUACAGAAAUCCUCAGGAAGGAAACAGUCUUACUUUUGGUACUAAACCUCAGUUAAGUUGCUCAGAAACUUACCAGCACGUGUCUCAAGUCAUAACAACACACCCAGGUCAAGAGCUUCAGUGGUAUGACCCAGCUGGAGCAGCUAGCCAAUCUCCUGCUAUUCCAAAAGGGUUUCUCUCUCCUGGUAGUAGUGCCAGCUGGACACAUGCAGAGUCAUCUGUUGGAAAUCAGCAAAACAGACCAGCCGGUUAUGGUUUAGUAACUGAAAGGACAAAUCCACCACUAAUAAAUGAUGUGGAAUACUGCCAAUCAGGCUCUUUUAUAAAUUCUUUCUGUCCAUCUAGUGGUAAUGAUAGACCAUCCAGUGUUCGCUCAUCCCUAUCUCGCCACUCCUCUCGGCCAUCAUCUUUUUCAAGCAUGAACUCUGCCUCUCCAGAUAGCUCUACAAAACAACUGCUUGGACCACCCAGAGGAGACCCAAGUCAGUGUUAUAUUAAUGGAUUAGAUAUAUGUGUGAACUUUGUACCAGAUGCACAAGAAUCUCCUGCUAAAAGUUUACCAGAUGCACAAGAACCUCCUGCUAAAAGUUUACCACCAUCUCCAAGGGAAAAAUCAUAUAAUGAAGACAAACUACUGUCAUCUGAUCCUCCUCCAUUACCUCCAAAACCUUCUUUUCAAACAGCUGGCUUAUUACAUGGGAAAGAUAUGGAAGGUGAGUUACCAGUCCUGAAGUUUAGGUCAUUACCUGUUGGUGCUAGAGAAUAUGGUCAAUCUGUGGAACAGCAACAAUCAAAUCACUUAUUAGACAGUAAACAAAUAACAGAGAGGUUGCAUGAUAUUCAUUUUUCUCCCAUUUUACCUGCCCAUUCCUCAAAACAUGAAAACAAAGAAGUCGAAACUCAUACUUCACAUUCUAUACAAGUGGACAGAGUUGUGUCAGAGGGCAAACGUGUUUCUCCGUGCUCUAGCAGUGGAGCCAGAACUGUAAACUGUCCUGCAGGUGUAGAAACUCAGUUUUCCCCUACUGGCAGUUUGUUUGAUAACCAUAGAAACGAGCACGAUGAAGGUCAGUCUUCUCCACAGCAACUGAACAAGCCUUGGAUUUUUGGUACUCAUAAGAACACACAAGUGUGUCCCGUGAUGAUAACUAAGAACCCUGAUUUAGGCUUCAGUAUUACAGGUGGAGCAGGAAAUCUUCAAAACCCCAACAAACUUCAAGACACGGGUAUCUAUGUAUCUCAUGUUGAGGAUAAUGGGCCAGCCAGUACAGCUCUAAGACCAGGAGAUAAGAUCCUUCAGGUAUCUUUCUGAUGUUUGCUAGUUUGAGUAUUUGAAAGCUGGCAAGUUUUUCCAUACAUCUACAGGUUCUUAACCCUUCUAAUAUGGGUAGGUGGUUUCCACCCAGCCUGUAUUCCCAAAA